AUGCCGUCUCCCACGCCACCUCCAAUCGACGUCGGAUCUCUGUCCUGCGUCGCGCUGCCGCGUCUCCUGCCGCUCUUUCUCGGCGUGUCGUGCGGCGCUGCCAUCGCGCUGGCCGUCGCUCUCACCGGUGUCCGCUCGUCUACACUCGUGCAAUGGCUGCUGCGAGUUCCCGGCGAUCUGCUGCUUCAGGCGCUGGUAGCAGUCACGUUGCCGCUCGUGGCUCUGCACGCGACGCGCACGGGAUCGCAGCUCCAGACGCGGCAGCUGCCGAUUCCAUGGCCGCAACUUGCACUGGCGACGCUCGCAGCGUCAAUGAUGGCCGCGCUGGUGGCCAGUACUGUAGGCGCUCUCGUGGCUGCAGCGCUGCAUGGCGUUCUUCCGCGAAGCGUGGCCCUGGCGCAGGUGUGGGGACUGCCACUGCCCAGUGCUGCAGUGGCGUUCAGGUGUCCCGGAGAUGUGUCCAGUGGAUCAGUGACAUUGCAGAGCAACGGAUCGCUCGUGUGCUCUGCCAACGCCACGGCUUUCAUGCUCGACGACGUGGCACAUACGUUUGUGGCUGGCGCAAUGAUGCAGAAGGCGUGGAGUGUGUCGGAGCAGGUGGUCACGAUGGUGGAAAGCGCUUUUCCAGAGAGUGUAGCAGGCGCUUUCGUCGACGGAGAUGUGCUGAGUAUCAUGGUGGGAAGUCUCGCGCUUGGUGCAGCGUUGGCUUGUUGUUCAAUUUGGUCGGAGAAACGACACGCAAGUGAUCAGAACGAUGGAUGUCUUCGCGUGGAUGAAGAGUUUGAGCUGAAGGAAGAAUUGAUGAUGUUGCAGCUCGUGAAACAAGCCGAAGCAGCAGGAUGUCGCGUGCUAAGUUGGCUACUGACGCAUCUUUCUAUCAGCGUGGUUUUCAUGGUCAGCAGUGUGCUGCUCCGACCGUCAGUGUCUGUGCCUAUAGUAUACAGCGAAGAAGGUUUUACUGCUUUGGCGCUCGUGACGGUGCUGCUUCUUGCUUUGAUGUUGGAUGUGGUCGUCAUGAUAUCCUUGGCUACACUGUUCACUCUGUCCAACCCGUUCGCAUUCCUCGAGCACCUUUUGCCCGCACAACUGCUAGCUUUGAGCUCUGGGUCAUCUGUCGUCGCGCUGCCGACGACUGUUUCGGCUGUUGUAGCCAGCAAGCGUGUUUCACCUCCAGUGGCGUUCAUUGUGUGCUGUACGAGCACAGUGCUCGGUCAGACUGGCACUGCUCUCUACCUAUCUCUUAGCACGCUUUUUGUGCUGUCGGCUUCUGCUCCGGGCAUGAGCGAGGACGAACAGAGUGCGUUACGGUCGACAAGCACAAUCUGCGUGAUGGUUUUGGUGAAUGUGAUUGGCGCGAGCGUGACUUCGCCGCUACCGGGUAACGACAAGACGGCGGCGCUCGCAACAGCUUUUGGCGUUGUGUUUGGGGUCCCGACCGGAUCAAGAGCUGUUUUGCUGUCGUACUUGGCUGCGAUGGAAUGGAUUAUCUCUCCCUUCGUAGCAUGUGUGAAUGUCACGAACAACGCACUGAUUGCGCUGAUGAUUGCCCAUUCUUUAGAAGCCCGAUCGGGGGCAACUACAGAAGCGAGUAAUGAUGAUACCAACAGUGCUGCCAUGCACCAGUGGCUACCACUAGACCACCGCCAGCAAGGAGUGGUUGAAACGAGGCGAAGUGAGAACUGA